UAUCAUUUACAUAAAUGUAGUUUAUUCAUUCGAGUAGUGUCACUACGGUCGUAACCGAGUAUUACAUAGUCUCCAAUAAUUAGUGAUAAGUUAGUGUAAUGAGUUUGUUUCGAUUUCUUUGGUAAUCAUGGAUGUGGUGUUUAAACUUAAGACAGAGAAUCCCAAAAGACGGGCCAACUUCUUGUCGAAGUUAUUGUUUGCAUGGCUCGUACCCAUAAUUAAAAAAGGAAAUAAACAAACUCUGGAAGUGGUAGAUCUGUACGAAGCUUUAGAUGCCGACAAAUCAAAAAGACUGGGAGAUGCCUUGGAAAAGCACUGGGAUAGACAGGUUUUGCUGGCCAAAGAAAAAAGUAAAAAACCAAGUUUAAUGUGGGCGCUAUGGAAAACAUUUCGUCUUGAGCUGAUAAUGUAUGGAAUUCUUUGGUGUAUUCAAAAUGUGGUACUAACGUCUUUGAAACCACUUCUAAUUGCCCAGUUGGUUGCACUGUUUAUUAACUACUCCGAUGAUGUAGUCACAGAUAUUUACAUUUAUAGUGCCGCUUUUAUUGGAGUAAACGUUUUAAUUGUAUUUAUUUAUCACCACACUGCGUUUGGACUGCAAGCACUGGGAAUGAAAAUAAGGGUGGCCAUAUCAUCAUUAGUAUAUCGAAAGAUCACGAAGCUGAAUCAGAAGGCGUUAGGCCAAACCGCUGCAGGACAAAUAGCAAAUUUGCUUUCAAACGAUGUUAUGCGUUUCGAUUUAGUCGUAGUACCACUACAUGCUCUAUGGGUUAUGCCAAUUCAGGUAGCAGUGCUCUUGUUUAUUAUGUGGCAACAAGUGGGAAUUUCAUCUGUAGCAGGAGUCGUUGCUAUGGCAGUCGUUAGUUUACCAGUGCAAGGUUACCUGGCAAGACUGCAAGGUAAAUUUCGAGAAAGAAUCUCCAAGAAAACAGACAAAAGGGUGAAGGUCAUGAGCGAAGUGGUAUCAGGAAUACAGGUUAUAAAGAUGUAUGCUUGGGAGAAACCAUUCGAGGCUGUGAUUAAACUGGCUAGAGGCACUGAAGUCAAAGAUAUUACAGCUGCUUCCUAUCUUAGAGGGGUAUAUUCCAGUUGCAUGGUGUUCUUGGAUAGAAUGGCUCUGUUUUUUACUAUUGUUUGUUAUAUAUUGUUAGGUAACUUAAUAACCGCUGAUAUAGUUUUCUCUUUGGCUCAAACAUUUAACAUCUUACAAAUGGCUAUGGCUAUAUAUUGGCCUUGGGCCGUUAGCCAGGGUGCAGAAGCUUUGGUUUCAGUCAAAAGAGUGCAGGAGUUUCUUGUUAUGGAAGAGAAAGAAGAAUCUAAAAUAGACGAUUUAGGAAAAUCGGGGGUUAUACUUUCCAAAGUGAACGCUUCAUGGACACCUACUACAAGUACCUUGCAAGAUAUUUCACUUCAGAUACCAUCAGGUACGUUAUGUGCUGUUGUGGGACCUGUUGGAGCUGGAAAAAGUUCGUUGUUACAGCUUCUUCUUGGAGAACUCCCUACUAAAUCCGGUAAAGUUUCGAUAGGAGGAGAAAUAUCAUACAGUUCACAAGAACCUUGGCUGUUCCAAUCAUCAGUACGAAAAAAUAUUCUCUUUGGAAAGCCAUACGAAAAAACCUGGUACGAUAAGGUCGUCAAAGUUUGUGCACUCGAAAGAGAUUUCGAACAAUUUCCCCAUAAAGAUAGAACCAUCGUUGGAGAGAAGGGUGUAUCUCUUAGUGGAGGCCAAAGAGCAAGGAUAAAUUUGGCAAGAGCGAUCUACAGGAAUGCUGAUGUUUAUCUAUUGGAUGAUCCUUUGUCGGCUGUGGACACUCAUGUCGGAAAACAUUUAUUUGAAAACUGUAUUGUAAAUCACUUAAGAGGAAAGACGAGGAUCCUAGUAACCCAUCAAAUUCAGUACUUAAAGAAAGCAAAUUUAAUUGUUGUUGUUAAUGAUGGUAAAAUUGAAGCCCAGGGUACCUUUAAUGAACUGAUGGAAUAUAAUCUAGAUUUCACCAAACUAUUAGUUGCCGCUGAUGAAACAGACGACAAAGAAGAAGACGCAGACUCGGAAGGAAAAUUAGGGAAAAGUGGACGUGCUUCGGCGCGUAGUAGAAGAAAAUCAUCCGCAGUAUCGGCAUUGUCUGAUUUUUCGGAAAGUAUGUAUGAUGAUCCUGAAGUAAUUGAAGAAGAGUCAGGAAAUACUAAUAUUGGCACAACUUUUAAACAGUACAUUCUGUCUACCAAAAGUCUUUGUUUUGUAACUUUUACAACCAUUCUGCUCGUUAUUGCUCAGGGUAUUAAUGUUUUGGUUGACCUAUGGGUAACUUACUGGACUUCUCAAGAGCAAAUACGUCAUUCAAACGGUACAGUUAUUUCAUUGCAAUCAGCGGAUAUUAAUGAAGUAGAAUUAUAUCCAAUAAAUCAGACAACUAAAAUCGAUGCAACCCAUCGGUUGGUUUACAAUAUUGAGAAUAAUGGCUCACAAAUUUUAAAGCAGAUCAGUUUUGAUGACAUAUUUGACAAAAUUGAUCUUCAUGGACAAAUACAAAAGAUCAUUAAAACAGACUACGCUAUAUAUAUUUACAGUGCUCUAAUGGCACUAGCUAUUAUUUUAACGAUAAUCAGAUCUUUUCUUUUCUACAAAUGUUGCAUGUUGUCAUCUGCUAAUUUGCACAAAAGCAUAUUCCACACGUUACUUAAAGCUCCGAUGAGAUUUUUUGAUACAAAUCCUAGCGGAAGGAUUCUUAACCGAUUUUCUAAAGACAUGGGUGCUAUAGAUGAAGUGCUGCCAAAAGUUUUGUUAGACAGCUGUCAAAUUUUUGUGGUAAUGGCUGGAAUUUUAGUUAGCAUCACUGUUUCAAAUUAUUAUAUACUUAUACUACUGGUUCCAAUGGGGUACAUAUUUUUAAAGUUUAAAGAUUGGUAUGUAGCAACUGCCAAAGUUCUUAAACACAUAGAAGGAAUAACAAAAUCUCCAGUAUUUUCUUAUGUAAAUUCAACUCUAAAUGGAAUAACAACAAUAAGAGCUGCUAACGCACAAAAUAUAUUAAAAGAUGAAUUCGAUGAAAAUCAAGAUGCCCACACGUCCGCAUGGUACCUAACAAUAGGAUGCAUGAGCUCCUUUGGAUUGUGGCUGGAUAUUGUAUCCAUCAUAUUCAUGGCAUGUGUGAUUGGCUGCUUUAUCAUUUUAACUAAAUUUACCAAUGUAGAUGGUAGUCUAGUAGGUCUAGCGGUUUCCCAAGGCUCAGUACUAAUUGGAUUGUCACAGUAUGGAGUGAGACAGUUAGCAGACUUUAUCAAUCAACUUACCAGUGUAGAACGGACUCUGCAAUAUACAAAAAUAGAAACGGAAGGUCCAUUUGAAACACCAAAAGAAAAAAUACCUAAGGGUGUCUGGCCCAAGGAAGGUCUUCUAGAAUUCAGAAACUUAUCUUUAAUAUAUGUGGUGAAUGAUCCUCCAGUUUUAAACAAUCUCAACUUCGUUAUAAAACCUGGGCAAAAGGUUGGCAUAGUAGGCAGAACAGGUGCGGGAAAAUCAUCGCUUAUUGCAGCUCUCUUUCGUCUUGCUCCGACUAAAGGCUCUAUUUUCGUAGAUGGAGUGGACACUAAAAAUUUGGGACUAACUGAUUUAAGGAAGAAAAUCUCAAUAAUACCUCAGGAACCAGUAUUAUUUUCAGCAACAUUAAGAUAUAAUCUAGAUCCAUUUAAUGAAUUCGAUGAUGAGAAAAUUUGGAAAGCUUUGGAACAGGUAGAUUUAAGGGAAAGUAUUGAUUCGUUAGACUUCCAAGUUGCAGAAGGAGGUGGUAACUUUAGUCUUGGUCAAAGACAGUUAGUAUGUUUAGCCAGGGCAGUUCUAAAAAACAACAAAAUAUUGGUAUUGGAUGAAGCUACGGCUAAUGUUGAUCCUAGGACGGAUGCAUUGAUACAAGCAACAAUCAGAAAACGGUUUAAAGAUUGCACUGUGCUUACCAUCGCUCACCGGUUAAAUACCAUAAUGGACUCAGACAAGGUACUGGUAAUGAGCUUUGGAAGCAUGAUAGAAUUCGACCAUCCCCACAAUCUGCUAGAAAUACCAGAUGGACACUUCCAUCGAAUGGUCUUGGAGACUGGGGCUGGAAUGACUCAGCAGUUAAAGAGUAUCGCCAAGGCUGCUUAUAACAACAAGAUUGAAUAACGAUAGUAGUAUUUGAUUGAUUAAGUAUUUAUAAAUUAUUGUUAUAGCAGUUGCAUAUUUAUCUCUUUAUUUCUAGGAUAUAGGAAUUUUAAUAAAUAUAAUUUUAAAAUA